UUUGAAAACAAACUUGCUUGAAUAUUACCUAAUUAGUAAACAAUUACCUAUUGUUUGUAAGUAAAAGAUGAAAUUUAUAUGACGAAUACAGUAUUUUUCAAUCAUCAAGCCUUCAUCAAUCAAUAAACUUAUCUAAACAAUGAACAAUUAUUUCCGAUAUGGAUAGCUGCGUUAGUGAUAUUAUUUUGGAAUUUUUAGGAGUUGCUUUUCAUAACGUUUUAUAUUAUGCUUCCGUAUAUCCACGAAGCAUUUUUGAAACAAGAAAAAAAUAUAGCGUCGUAGUAUAUAGGUCUAUGCAUCCAGAAGUAAACGAAUAUAUAGAUUUAUGUUUGAAGAGCGCCGCGGAAUGUUUAAAAAGUGGACAGCUAAAGCGUGUCGAGAUUGUUAUUACAAGUAAUAAACACGAACCUUUGAUGAAAUUCGUUUUCGAUUUAGACAAGAAUGAUUUCUUUGAUGAGACCUGCGACGCUUAUUUAGUGCAAGCUGAACAAAACAUGCGAGCUUUUGUUUUAAAUUUAACUACUCUGAGUGAUAAGUUCAAAAGUCUUCCAGAAGAUAGAAGUUUUAUGAUACUUUUAUUUACAAAUGAGUCUGCAGCUGUAGCCAUGGCUACUAAUCCAGAUUUAGAAGAAUUUCCAAUGAUAGAAAUGAAUAAGAUGGUUGAAUUUGAAAGAAUAUUGCCAAUAAGGAGGUUUGGUCUAAGGAACGUUAGUAUUGAUUCAUAUGUGGAACUUACAUGAUUGUUAUAUAUAUGUAUUACUUACUCAGACAAAAUGAAGUUAUUUAAUAAGUGGUACGUAUGAAAAAGUUAAACAAUCUGCAGAGUUAAUUGAGUAUACUAGAAAAAGUUGUGAGAUCUGCAAUUAUGGAAUAGGUAUAUCAUUUAUAUUCUUACAUGUGGUUGUAAAAUUUAUAAUAAUAUACAUAUAUUGAAGAUCAAAGCUUUCUAAGAAAUUUCUCUAAUAUAUUGUUAAAAAUAUUGUGUAAUUUAUACCUGUAAUUAAGGUUUUUGCUGAAAUGGAAAAUAAUAAAUUAGAGUUUGGAUAUAAGUA